UCUAUCAAUGACAUUAUAUAAAGGGUUUUGUCUCUUCGUUCGUUACAUUUGAAACCUUCAUUACCCCCACGGAAUCAGCAGGUAACUGAUCAUGAUCGGCUCAAGCAAGCUAACGACCUUCUUCCUACUGAUAGGUAUCUUCUACUGGACCCCCUUCGUUUCAGGUGAAUGUAGCACGACAGAACUGACUGCUAUAGGGAGUUGUAUAACACUUUACGGCUCUCAGUUUACUUCAAACUUAAACACAGGUGCAACCUGCAAUCGCACUUUCAUCCCACAAGUGUGCAACGACUAUGGCAACAUCGUUACGUGUGUGAACAACGCCAGUCUGUCUACAACAACAUGCAGACCCUAUCUGGUUUCCGGGAUAGAUGCCAGACUGGGUACACUGGGCAUUUCAUGUAAGGUGAAUGACUUUGUUGCGACCUGUACAAACGCUACACAACUCAACCAAGGUUCAGGUGCUGCAAGCUUCCUCCGCAGCACUGGCGGUCACGUGAUCUUUGUCGCCAUGGUGACCCACGUGAUUCUAGCAGUCUUUGCCUUACCUGCAUGGAAUUCUUAGAAGUCCAGCUAAUUAAGCAACACUUGAUUGUCUUGAGUUUGGUUGUGAUUACUGUUAUAGAUUCUCGAAUUAGACAACAAGAAAGCAUUGAAUGUACAUGUCGCAUAGCUUAUUCAUACACAAUUUAAUUAUGCAUGCUCAUGUACAUGAUGCGAAUAAUUUUUAUCUCGCUGAUGAUUACAAACUGUGCAUUAAAUGUAUCUUACGAUCAUGCACUUACACACAUACACACACAUACUGACACAAAAACACCCACUAAGGCACACAUUUUCUCUCUCACAAGACGCAGGUAUACACAAAACACAAGCACAAAA